CAUUUCUCUUCCUCAUCUAGAUUCAUCAUCUAGUUCCGGCUAUGGCCGCUUUCCUUGAACCUUCUCUUACUUUAUAAUGGGUGACAAGGAAAAAGUUAUGUAAAAAUGAUUCAUUCACAGACUCAUAGUCAAUCUUAAGUGAUUCCUUUCUUGGAUCAUGAGUAAAGGCUGAAUAAGCUUCUACAAUAUGGGGAUCAUGAACAUUAUGAUUUGGUGUGAAGCUCUUAUGUUGUUAUUUGGAGCUUUAAUUGUAAUGGGGAAAGCUGAGAUUUACAUAGUAACUGUUGAAGGAGAGCCUGUGAUUAGUUAUCAAGGGGAUUUAGAAGGUUUUGAAGCUACUGCUGUUGAUUCUGAUUCUGAUCAGAAAAUUGAUGUUACCAGUGAGACAGUUAGAUCCUAUUCAAGACAUUUAGAGAAGAGACAUGAUAUGCUUCUAGGAAUGCUUUUCGAUCAUGGAACUUACACGAAACUGUAUAGCUAUCGACAUCUUAUAAAUGGAUUUGCUGUUCAUAUUUCUCAUCAACAGGCAGAAACUCUUAGACGAACCCCGGGUGUGAAAUCAGUGGAAAAGGAUUGGAAAGUGAGUAAACUUACAACACAUACACCUCAGUUUCUAGGACUUCCUACUGGUGUAUGGCCGACUGGUGGUGGAUUCGAUAGGGCUGGGGAAGAUAUUGUUAUAGGGUUUGUGGACUCUGGAAUUUAUCCGCACCAUCCGAGCUUUUCUACCCAUAAUACUGAACCGUAUGGGCCAGUUCCAAAGUAUAGAGGGAAAUGUGAAGUGGAUCAUGUUAACAAGAGGAGUUUUUGUAAUGGAAAGAUUAUUGGAGCUCAGCAUUUUGCUGCGGCUGCAAUUGCAGCUGGGGUUUUUAAUCCUAGUAUUGAUUUUGCAUCUCCAUUGGAUGGAGAUGGACAUGGAAGUCAUACAGCAGCUAUUGCUGCUGGUAAUAAUGGGAUUCCUGUGAGGAUGCAUGGAUCUGCAUUUGGGAAAGCGAGUGGAAUGGCUCCUCGCGCUAGGAUUGCAGUUUAUAAAGCAAUUUAUAGGCUUUUUGGAGGAUUUGUUGCAGAUGUUGUUGCUGCUAUCGAUCAGGCUGUUCAUGAUGGUGUGGACAUUCUAAAUCUUUCUGUCGGGGCAAACAGUCCACCAACUGCAACAAAAACGACAUUCUUAAAUCCAUUCGAUGCUACACUUCUUGCUGCUGUGAAAGCUGGAGUCUUUGUUGUACAAGCAGCUGGAAAUGGAGGUCCUUUCCCGAAAACCCUAGUUUCAUAUAGCCCAUGGAUAACCACUGUAGCUGCAGCAGUCGAUGAUCGUCGUUACAAAAACCAUCUGUUUCUAGGGAAUGGAAAGAUUUUGCCUGGACUCGGAUUAUCACCUGCGACACAUGGAAACCGAAGCUUGAUUCUGGUUGCAGCGAACGACGUCCUCCUUGAUUCUUCGCUUAAGAAGUACAGUGCUUCAGAUUGUCAGCGACCGGAAGUUUUUAACAAAAAUUUAGUGGAAGGAAACAUUCUUGUUUGCGGUUAUACAUUUAACUUUGUAGUAGGGACUGCAUCAAUCAAGAUGGUUGCCAAAACAGCUAAGAGUCUCGGUGCUGCUGGAUUUAUUCUUGCUGUAGAAAAUAUUUCUCCUGGAACAAAGUUCGAUCCUGUCCCUACCGGAAUUCCAGGGAUUCUUAUAACAGAUGUCACCAAAUCAAUGGAGCUUAUAGAUUAUUACAACAUGUCCACGUCAAGAGAUUGGACCGGGCGAGUGGAAAACUUCAAUGGGGUGGCGAAAAUCGGAGAUGGGUUGUUGCCAAUACUUCACAGAUCUGCACCUCAAGUAGCGAUCUUUUCUUCACGCGGGCCCAAUGUUAAAGAUUACAGUUAUGAGGAUGCUGAUAUUCUUAAACCUGAUAUACUAGCUCCUGGUUCUUUAAUCUGGUCUGCCUGGUCACCAAAUGGAACCGAUGAAGCUAACUAUGUAGGAGAAGGAUUUGCAAUGAUAUGUGGUACUAGCAUGGCGGCACCUCAUAUAGCCGGGAUAGCUGCUCUUGUGAAACAAAAACAUCCUCAUUGGAGCCCUGCUGCCAUUAAAUCGGCCUUGAUGACGACAUCAUCUACAUUGGACAGAGCGGAGAGACCUCUUCAAGCUCAACAAUAUUCAGGUUCAGAAACCAUGACACUUGUUACCGCAACCCCUUUUGACUACGGGAGUGGUCAUGUCAAUCCAAGAGCCGCUCUUGAUCCUGGGCUCGUAUUCGAUGCCGGUUAUGAAGACUAUUUGGGGUUUUUAUGUACUAUACCCGGAAUUGAUGUUCACGAGAUAAGAAACUAUACAAAUUCACCCUGCAAUUACACGCUGGGGCAUCCUUCAAAUCUAAACACUCCUUCAAUCGCGAUCGCUCGCCUUGUUGGAACUCAAACAGUUACGAGGACAGUUACAAACGUGGGAGAGGAAGAGGAAACUUACGUGAUCACAGCUAGAAUGGGACCGGAAGUGGCAAUUGAGACUGACCCUCCAGCAAUGACAUUGAGACAGGGGAGGUCUAGGAAAUUCUCGGUGUCUCUUACCGUAAGAUCUAUUACAGGUUCUUAUAGUUUUGGAGAGGUUUUGAUGAAGGGAAGUAGAGGUCAUAAGGUGAGGAUACCGGUAGUUGCUAUGGGUUAUUAUCAUUAAGGGUAUCGGGUUUUUUUCCUUCUUUCAAUAUAUCUAUUCUUUAUGGUUGAUGAUGGGAAUAAUUAAGUAACAUAUAUGGGUAAUUAAACAUAGGACAGACAUGAGAUGUUUUUUUUUGUUAAGUUUUGACAUUUUGAAUUGGUUUUUUCAUGUCUGUCUCUACUUAUUCAUUCCACAUUAAUGUGUGUAUUGUUGUUGUUGUGUACCCAAUAUCGAAUUGUAAUAUUAAUGUAAUAUUUAAUAGAUGUUUGUAUUAAUUAA